AUGUUCAUUCGUCAUUCGUGCGAUGUGAUUCGAUGUGAAAGGUGCUCAAAAAAGAAACGCAGAGGAAAAUUCUUUUGCAUUUUGUGAAAAUUUGUAGUUUUUCAGUGAAAAUUCCCCGUGCAGUUGCUCAAGUAGCUAAAGAAGUUUGUGCUCAUACCACUGGAGACGUAAAGGAUACAGUGCAAAAAUGAAUAAAUCAUGUGCGAGAUGCAACAAAAUAGUUUAUCCGAUUGAGGAGUUGAAAUGUUUGGAUAAGUCAUGGCACAAGGCAUGUUUCAAAUGUCACGAAUGUGGAAUGACGCUGAACAUGAAAACCUACAAAGGAUUCAAUAAAUUGCCAUACUGUGAAGCACACAUACCAAAGGCAAAGGCGACAACAAUAGCUGACACACCCGAAUUGAAGAGAAUAGCGGAAAAUACAAAAAUUCAAUCAAAUGUUCAAUAUCAUGCAGAAUUUGAAAAGCAAAAGGGAAAGGUGACACAGGUGGCUGAUGAUCCAGAAACGUUGCGAAUAAAGCAAAACACGAUGCACAUAUCGAAUGUGGCGUAUCAUGGUGAUUUAGAGAAGAAAGCAGCAAUGGAGAAACAAAGAGAAGCCGCUGAGGUAUCGGAUACGUACACAAGAGACAACAAUGAUUCAGAGUACUUCUCUGAGCAAUUGGCCGCUGAAUCACUGUCACAGUAUCAGGCGCCGCCUGUUAAGCAACAGCCGCCGCCACAGCAAGCACAUCACCAAGCAAAUCAUCAUCAUCACAAUCAGUCACAGCCAUCGCAUGUAAAUUAUCAGCCGCCACAGGGAAAGCAGGCACCGCAGUAUGGGGCUCCGCCACCACCACAGUAUAGUAAUAAUUCUUCUGCAGUUUCUGCUAUACCGGGGCAGCAGCAGCAGCAGUAUGGGGGUGGUGGUCAGGGUAACUACAAUGCCCGUACGAAUGUUGUUCAUUCAUCAUCCCAUCCAUCUGGGGGGCUAAUUCUUGCGCAGCAACAGCAGCAGCAAAUCAGCCAAAAAUACUACGAUCAGUAUGAAAAUUACGCACGACCGGCAUCGUAUAGUAACAACAACCAGAAUGCCGGUGGUGGCUACACAACACAACAUGUUGGUGGCUAUGGGAAUUCAUAUCAUCAACAGGCACCGCCGCAGCAGCAACAUACACCCGGCUACACACAAAAUGCAUACACACAGAACAAUCACUACGCCCCACAAAUGGGGGCCUACAAUUCAACCGGAGGUGGUGGUGGGAACAUUGGGAAGAUUGCGGACUAUGAUCCGCUAACAGAUGGCCCGCGCAAUGUACCGAAUACACAGAGACCCACUUCAACACUCAUUUACAGCUCUGAUCGCAAUUCCGUGAAUUCAAAUCAAGCAAGACGAAUUGGCUCUAUUGCCGAUAUGGAUCCAGCUAAUGGUGUUUAUGGAUCAGCUGUAGAUCAGCAGAAUCACAUGUAUCAGCAGCAACAGCAGCAGCAGCAGCAGCACAACCAAAUGAGGCAUUCACAGCAGCAGCAGUCACAGAGAGCUGGAAAAAUGAGAGUCUUUCGGGCGCUGUAUGACUACGAAGCACAAGAUACGGAUGAGGUAAGUUUCGCCGAGGGGGAUGUGAUAUUCGAGGUGGAUUCAAUUGAUGCUGGAUGGAUGACCGGAAGGGUUGAGCGCACAGGAAAAGUUGGAAUGCUGCCGGCAAAUUAUGUUGAAUUGGCAACAAUUUAAAAUUAAACAAAAAAAAAUGAAUGAAAAACAAUCACAUUUCGGAUAGAUAUUCUCCGUAUAAUGCAGCUUUUCCACAAAUUACUUAUUUGCUAACUACCUACUAUUUUUAUCAAUAAAAAUAAAUAUUUUGAUUAUUUUUGUUUAAAAAAUUAAAAUGAUAAAAAAUACAAAAGAAAAAAAACUCUGCAAAAAUUCCAUUCUGAUUAAUUCCUAACUAAAAGCAUUUUAUUUUCAUAAGAACACUGAAAUUCCUCAGAAAAUAACAUUCUAAAGUUUUUUUUUCUUCAAAUAUUGUUUUGAGAAACUCUUAAUAUUAAGAUUAAAUUUGCAAAUUUCAACGAAUUUUUUUGCAUGAAGAAAAUUUUUUAAUAUAAAUUCCAAUUUUUUAUAAUAAAAGAAAGAAAAAGAAUUUUUUUCAAUUUUAGCGACGAAGGUAAAGAAAAGAACUGAUUUUCGAAAAAUAGUGCCUUUGGCUUAAAAAAAAAACGAGUAAUUGGCAAUCAUUUUAUUUAGGAGUGAGAGUGUUUAAUAAAAAUAAAAAUUAUAUAAACAGUGCUGCAAUUACUAGUAAAAAAAUAGUUUUAAUGGAUUUUCCUUUUUUUAGAGCAUUUUGCCCUCAAUUUUUUGUCAAUUGUCGCAGUAAGAUAAAUAAUUUUUUUUUAAUGAAAUAUGAGAUUUUUCAAUUUGAAAAAGCAAAUAAUUAUAAAAUGAAAAAAAAUGGUGCAACAUUCCAUCGGCAAUAUUUGCACAGAAAAAAAGCCAUCAAGAUGAAGAGUUAUCAACCAAGUUAUUUUUUAAACUCUAUCUCUUUUUUUCACAUCUUUAAACUUAUGGAAAACCCUCUUCUAAAAUAAAUAAAAAAAAUACUUAAGAAUAAAA